UCAAUUUUUUUAUAACUCUCCACAUGUAAACUGAAUAUAAGUUGCUGAUGUAAAAUCUACAGAAAUAUGGCUACGCCUAAAGAAUGGCAGCACUGGCAGUGUUUUCGUUUUUGACACUUUGGUAAUUUCUCUCUUCGUUGUUCUCUGACGUUUAUCGUUGAAUUGCCUAUUGCCAAAUUAAAGCCAAGCAAAGCGAUAACUGGUCAAAACGGAUUUUGGUGUUUUGUGGUGCGGUUGUAAAACGCGGAUAAAUCAGGAAAUAAUAUUUUCAUACACAAUCAUUGUCGGAAAUUGUGAUUUAUUCAAUUUACUUUUCGUAUACGAAAGAAAAAUACAUAAUCUCUGCGAGUUGCCGCACUUUAAAGUACAUAUCUCUUAAAAUAAUUUGCGUGAAUUAAUUUAUCGCUUAGUGAAGCGUACAGCUGUUACUGGUGGAAUGUGAUUGAUUUAGAAUCGUUCAGAUAAUCGAAAUAAAAAUAAAGCUGCCAUUACAACUACAUUGAUUAUUUUUAUUUAAGUGUUUCAGUGCCCACUAUGUAGUGCAUUAAAAUAUUAAAUUCUGAUAAAUGUCAAAGUAAAAGUACUGAGCGUUCGUUGUUUACAAUAGAAGAAAGGAAAAACAAACUUUUGAAAACGGUGGAUUUAAACUGAAUUUGUGGAAAAACAAAAAAAAAUCCCAAAUUUUUCUUCAGCAAAUUUUUCAAAUAAGUAAUAACGUGUGUAGGUGUGUGUGUGUGAUAUUUGUGGCCGAAGCAUAUGUUAAAUGUCUAAAAGCAAUGGCUAAAGAGCCAUUUUUACCAGUCGGCUGGACAACAACAACAACAAUAACAACAAUACAAACAGCGUAUAACCAAAAUGUCACAAAUAAUACGCGAAUGUCGCGACAGAAUGCGAAGAAUGAAAAAUUAGCAAAUACAAAAACAAAAUGUUCAACAACUAAUAUUACAGUGAAUGCAAAUAAUAUUCGAUUAUGUGCAUAUAAACAACUAAUUCCCACACACACAACGAAAAAAGUCAAAGCGAAUAAUGUGAAUGUGAGCGAAAGUGUCAACAGGUGGCGGCGGCUUCUACACCCGGCGAGUGGGCGAAAAUUUGCCUCGCCUAGCGGUUAUGGUUAUAGCCGUAGUAUUCGCCAGCACAGCAGCAGCUGUAGCAGCAGCAGCGGAGUUAGCGCAAAUUGGUUGCUUCUCUUAUCGCUUUUAAUUGCCUGUUUUAUUGGUGAUAGCCUGCAAAUUAAAAAUGCACACAUAUCGCCCGCUUUGUCCACGGCUGCUUCAACCGCCAUUUCGUCUUCCAUUUUACCCAUCGGCGCAAGCGCCUCACCAUUUAUACCUUCAACACUGUUAUUCACCACAUAUCGUGACAUUCAAGUCGCGAACAUUAGCCGGCCGACUGGUAGUCCACAAAUCGAUGUCAUCGUCAAAGAUCUCACCGAGACGAUGGCCAUUGAUUUCUAUUAUGCACGUAAUUUAAUUUGCUGGACCGAUUGUGGUCGCGAGCUCAUCGAAUGCGUGAAUGUGAAUACUUCCGUGCCAUUGCAGAAGGCACCCAAACAAACUGUGAUAUCUGCGGGUCUUGACAAGCCUGAAGGACUUGCCAUCGAUUGGUAUACAGAUAAGUUGUAUUGGACGGAUGGCGAAAGAAAUCGCAUUGAAGUAGCAACAUUAGAUGGCAAGUAUCAGAAGGUGCUCUUCUGGACAGAUUUAGAUCAACCACGUGCGAUUACUUUGGUUCCCUCGAAGCGAUUACUGAUUUGGACUGAUUGGGGUGAAUACCCGAAAAUUGAGCGUGCGAGCAUGGAUGGCGAUCCGUUGACGCGCAUGACAAUUGUGAAGGAUAAUAUUUUCUGGCCCAAUGGUUUGACAGUUGAUUUGAAGAAUGAACUCAUCUACUGGGCAGAUGGUCAUUCGAAAUUUAUCGAUGUAAUGAAGUUGGAUGGCAGUAACCGGCGAACAGUUGUUAGUAACUUGGAAUAUCCUUAUAGCGUGACGUACUUCAACAACAGACUAUUUUGGACCGACUGGUCAAAGGGUGGUUCAUUAAAUACUUUUGAUCUGAAGUCGCGCGAAUUGCGGGAGCUCAUAGAUACACCGGAAGCACCGAUUUCCGUGCGCACUUGGGAUGCUUCGCUACAGCCCUUCGAGGAUAAUCCUUGUUUGCAUAAUAACGGCAACUGUUCACAUCUUUGCUUGCUUUCGACAAAUGCACAGGGCUAUAGCUGCGCCUGCCCAACAGGUGUGAAACUGAUUUCUGAAACCACAUGUGCGAAUGGUUCAAAAGAAAUGUUGUUCAUUGUGCAGCGCGGUCAGAUUAGUAAGAUCUCCUUGGACACGCCAGAUUUUACGAUAUUCCCAUUACCUCUGGGCAGAGUGAAGUAUGCAAUUGCAAUUGAUUAUGAUCCUGUAGAAGAGUACAUUUACUGGUCGGAUGUGGAGGCGUAUACGAUACGUCGCGCUCAUCCGGAUGGCACGGCCAUGCAAGAUUUUGUCACGUCAGAGGUGCGACAUCCCGACGGCUUGGCGGUAGAUUGGUUGGCGCGUAAUCUUUAUUGGACCGACACAGUGACGGAUCGUGUAGAAGUAUGUCGUUUGGACGGUUCAGCGCGUAAAGUGCUUAUCUAUGAAGAUUUAGAAGAACCUCGCGCCAUUGCGCUGGCACCCACCCUUGGCUGGAUGUUUUGGAGUGACUGGAAUGAAAAGAAACCGAAGGUGGAACGUUCUUCGUUGGAUGGCUCAGAGCGUGUGGUGCUCGUCUCCGAAGAUCUUGGUUGGCCGAAUGGUAUAGCAUUGGACAUUGAGGCGAAAACUAUUUACUGGUGUGAUGGUAAAACCGAUAAGAUUGAAGUGGCCAAUAUGGAUGGCUCAGACAGGCGCGUGGUCAUUAGUGAUAAUCUGAAACAUUUGUUUGGCUUGAGUUUGCUGGACGAUUAUUUGUACUGGACUGAUUGGCAGCGCCGUGCAAUUGAUCGCGCACAUAAAAUUACUGGUAACAAUCGUGUAGUGGUCGUGGAUCAAUACCCGGACUUGAUGGGCCUGAAGGUGACGCGGCUGCGCGACGUGAAAGGCUCAAAUGCUUGUGCGGUACGCAAUGGUGGAUGUUCACAACUUUGUCUCAACCGACCCAGCGAUUUCGUCUGUCGUUGCUCUAUAGAGUAUGAGUUGGCGAACGAUAAGAAGACGUGUGUCAUACCCGAGGCCUUUCUACUCUUCUCACGGCAGGAGCAUAUUGGACGUAUUUCCAUUGACAACAACGAGGGUAAUCAUAAUGACGAGAAGAUACCAUUUAAAGAUGUACGAGAUGCACACGCUUUGGACGUGGAUGUGGCUGACAGACGUAUCUACUGGACUGAUCAAAAGUCAAAAUGUAUUUAUCGCGCCUUCCUGAACGGUUCCUUUGUACAACGCAUUGUUGAUGCGGGCCUUAUUUUUCCUGAUGGCAUAGCGGUCGAUUGGCUAGCGCAUAAUAUUUACUGGACCGACUCGGAAGCACGACGUAUUGAAGUUGCACGCUUAGAUGGCACUAGUCGCCGUGUAUUAGUGUGGAAAGGUGUGGAAGAGCCGCGAUCUCUAGUCCUGGAGCCCAAACGUGGCUACAUGUAUUGGAUUGAAUCACCAUCGGAUUCGAUAAGACGUGCCGGCAUGGAUGGCUCCGAAUUACAAACCAUCAUAUCGGGCGCGAACCAUGCAACUGGUCUUACGUUAGAUCCCGAUACUCGUCGCCUCUAUUGGGCAACACAAUCGCGGCCGACCAAAAUCGAAUCCGCCGAUUGGGAUGGCAAGAAACGUCAAGUGCUGAUUAACACCGACGUCGAUGAACCCUACGCCAUGUCGCUGUACCAAGAUUUCGUUUAUUGGAGUGACUGGAAUACCGGCGACAUUGAACGUGUACAUAAGAUAACAGGCGAAAAUCGUACAAUCGUCCAUACUGGCAUGACCUACAUACGGUCGCUUCUGAUAUUCUAUAAAAAUCGACAAGCGGGCCACAAUCCAUGUAAAGUGAAUAACGGUGGCUGUUCGCAUUUGUGUUUGGCACAACCCACACGACGCGGUAUGAUCUGCGCCUGUCCCACACACUACACUUUGGCUAAGGACAAUAUGUCAUGCUUGCCGCCCAAAAACUAUGUCAUCUACAGUCAGCGCAAUAGCUUCGGACGCUUGUUGCCCAACACAAGUGACUGUCCGAAUGUGCCGUUGCCAGUGUCGGGCAAGAAUAUACGCGCAGUUGAAUAUGAUCCCAUAUCACAUAAUAUCUUCUGGGUCGAAGGGCGUAGUCAUAGUAUUAAGCGCUCGCUUGCCAACAGCACUUACGUCAAGGUCUUAGUUGGCUCUGGCUCACAGCCUUUCGACAUUGCUUUGGAUGUGAUUGGUCGUCUGCUCUUUUGGACUUGCUCGCAUUCGAACAGCAUAAACGUGACGAGAUUCGAUGGUGACUCUAUCGGUGUCAUUGACACCGGCGAUUCGGAGAAACCACGGAACAUUGCCGUGCACACAAUGAGACGGCUGCUCUUUUGGACCGAUGUCGGUAGCCAGCAGGCCAUCAUACGUUCACGCAUAGAUGGCGCUGAGCGUGUGGUACUCGCUUUCAAGCUGGAGGGUGUGACAGCGCUUGCGGUAGAUCAACAAAGCGAUAUGGUAUACUACGCGCAUGGCAAGCGCAUUGAUUCGAUGGACAUAAAUGGCAAGAAUAAAAAAAUACUCGUCUCCACACACAUCUCACAAGUCAUCUCGCUCGCCGCCCUGCAGGGCUUCGUCUAUUGGUUGGAUGAUAAGACUGGUGUCGAACGUAUAACCGUAAACGGCGAUGGUCGUCGACCAGAAAUGCAACGCUUGCCACAAAUCACCGAUAUUGUUGCCGUUUGGACCCCUGAAUCGAAGCUCUACCGCAAUCAUACUUGCCUACACAGUCGCACCAAAUGUUCACACAUAUGCAUCGCAUCCUCGGAGGGACGUGCGCGUGAUAUCUGCUCGUGUCCAAAAAAUCUCAUGUUGCUGGAAGAUCGGCAGAAUUGUGGCGCCUUGCCGGCCUGUGGGCCAGAUCACUUCACCUGUGCGGCGCCUGUACGAGGUGAUGGCUCUAGCAGUGAUACGAAUAAGGAUUGUAUACCGGCCUCUUGGCGGUGUGAUGGACAGAGCGAUUGUCCGGAUAAGUCCGAUGAAGUUGGCUGUCCGACAUGUCGGCCGGAUUUGUUUAGCUGUCAGUCGGGCGAAUGUAUCGAUAAGGCGCUGGUUUGUGAUGGUACAACGAACUGUGCGAAUGGUCAUGACGAGGCGGAUUGCUGUAAACGACCUGGCGAAUUUCAGUGUCCCAUCAAUAAGGUCUGCAUAUCUGCUACGCUCGUCUGUGACGGUUGGGAAAAUUGUGCCGACGGCGCCGAUGAAUCAGCCGAAAUUUGUCUACAACCAAAUACACGCGCCAUGGCACCGGCAUCGGACAAGAAAGCUUUUAUGAUACUAAUCUUCGCUACUAUUGUUAUUAUCUUCUCCAUUGUGUAUCUGCUGCAAGUUUGUCGUACACGCAUAGGCAAAAGUCGUAAUGAACCCAAAGACGAUCAGGCAUCAGAUCCACUUUCACCCUCUACACUCUCCAAAUCACAACGAGUUUCGAAAAUCGCCUCUGUCGCUGAUGCUAUGCGCAUGUCUACAUUGAACUCACGCAAUAGCAUCAACUCGUAUGAUCGCAAUCACAUCACGGGCGCUUCAAGUUCCACCACAAAUGGCAGUAGCAUGGGCGCUUAUCCCAUCAAUCCGCCACCCUCACCAGCGACACGCUCGCGACGUCCAUAUCGCCAUUAUCGCAUUAUUAAUCAACCACCGCCGCCAACACCAUGCUCGACGGACAUAUGUGAUGAGUCCGAUUCGAAUUAUACCAGCAAAUCGAAUAGUAAUAACAGUAAUGGUGCGCCGAAAAUUUCCACCUCUUCAGCGGUGAUAUGCAUGCAAUAUCAAUAUGAUAGUGAGCCGUAUCCACCGCCGCCAACGCCACGUUCGCACUAUCACAGCGAUGUGCGAAUAGUGCCGGAGUCGUCGUGUCCGCCAUCGCCUUCGUCACGCUCGUCUACAUAUUUCUCACCACUACCGCCGCCGCCGUCACCAGUGCAAUCGCCCAGCCGUGGUUUCACGUAACAUUUCGAGUUUUUCUUGUAAAAAAUAAUGUUAAGGCUAUGAGUGAAUCUGUGUGUUUGUUUAAUAUAUAUGUAAUUAUGUGUGUGCAUGACCCGCGAUAGGCGGCUUAGUUAUCAGUUUUUUAGAUAGUUAUUUUAAUACAAUAAUAUAUUAAGCAGUGUCUGUGUGAGUUAAAUUUAAUCAUAAAAGUGAAUUAAUCUUAAUGCCAAUUUGCAAUGAUGUAACGUUCAUAUCAAGAAAACAUAAUGCUUCCGUUUAAUUAUUAUCGUUAUUCGUUAAAUAGUAUCAUUAAUAUUAAGUGUAUUUGUAAUUCGAAUUGUAUGUUUGUUGUAAAGACGUACAUAUAAAUCAUUAGUCAGUACAUAUAUAUUGCGGAUGCCAUUUGCGUACUGCCAAUUGAAAGGUCAGGGCCAGAGUCCUGGUGAGACCAAACAUCCAAAAUUUUCGAAAAUUAAUGUUUCUAAUUGCGAUCGCAACUCGGCAGAGAAUCUCAAGCUCUUCGAGUGUAUUUCUAAUAUGAAAUAAAAGCUCCUCAUAGAAAUCCAUCAGCCAUCUGUUGGAAAAACAUCCGUACGGAAAUCACAAUUUGAAGAAGGAGGUUGGCCGUAAAUCGCAUCAGCGGUUACAAAGCGCUAAUUAUAUCUAUAUACAUAUGUCGUAAUGACUAAAUCUAAAGAAAUUUUACUCCAUUAUUUCAAGUGUCAUGUUAAUUUUUUAUUUUAUUUUUUUUUUUAAUUUUUCUAAUUUUUAAGUGACAAAAGGCCUUAAAAAACUACAUUACGCAUAUCUUUAGUCCUUAUACGAUCUAUUAUUUACAUACAUAUUUUCAUAAGUUUAGAAAUUAAAUACGAUCUCAAACUACAAAUCAGCUCCAUAUUUUUUCAACUUUAAUAGAUUUAUUGGAAUUCGUCAAAUUUACAUAAGUGUAAAAAAUAUGCUA